AUGACAAAAGACGAGUGGGAGAAGAUAUCGGACCAGGUACUCACACGCGGGGUGCAGAAAACGGCGGAAGAUAUACUCAUAUCUAGGGACAGUGAUCAGGAAGCGUUGGAAAGCCAGAUGGAUACACCACCAGGAUUCUCAGAUGAACCAAAAAAGACAAACAUGAUACUGCAAUCCCGAUUAGACGUAGUGGCGGCCAAACGAAGAACCAGGGACCCAAGAGAGUUGAACUCGAUAGAUGACCUUGAGCGUCUUCAGUUCAAACUGGACCGGAUAGUGAAUGAGAUCAACCAGGCGACCAUGUUGCAGAUAGUUAAAGAGGAGAACCAGAAGAAAGGCUACAAGAGGAAGAAGAGCGAGACCUCAUUGGUCAAUUCGAAGCCGGCCAGAAAAGCAGACCAGAUGAUGUCACGUGAUCUGCCGCAGUACAUUUCUAACCUGAACUUCGCCAAAACAAGAUGCGAACGUAGAAUUCAACAACUCGGAGGUUCGUUGGGAAACUCUUGCGAUCCGGGGAUUAUACCGACUAAUUUCUCCAAGAAAAGCAAGAUGCGUCAACUAGCCAUAGCGAAUUCACAAACUCAUGUUUUACCUGCAUCAAUCAACGAAAUCUUGAAAUGCGAAGAAGGUUUCCAACUGUUUCAAGGUUAUCUCGAGAACGAAUUUAACCAAUCAAAUUGGAGUAAAUUUUGGAAACAAGUUGAAAUUAUGCGGAAAGAACACUCGGUUGCGCAAUACAGGAUGGCCGAUAAAAUAUACCAUGAUUUCAUUCAUUAUUGCACCGAUCCGAACUUUAAACUACCAACUCAGAUAGCCGAAAACAUGCAUCAGUACGUUCUCGGAAAUUCUACGAUUCGAGCUUUUUUCGAAGCUCAAAACUUUGUGGCAAAACAGAUGGAGAGGCAUUUUCUUCCUGGAUUUCUGGUGACUUCUGGAUACAAAAAGUGGCGGGCGAUUCAGGAAGAGAAGAAACAGAAGACACUGGAAUUGGAAUCCCAUGAAAUUGUGAGGUCUAGAUCGAGAACGAUGAGUUUUGUGGACUCAAAAAACGUCGCCGUCUCUGAAACGACAAAAUUAAACGAGCUGCGGGACAAAAUCAUGCGGAAGAACAACGUGAUCCAACAAAUGCAGCAGUCGGCCAUCAAGUUCGACUUGAAACUCAUGCAGGAACUGCAAAGCGAAGUGGUCAAUCUAGCCAGACAGGCGGAAGAGCUGGAGUCGCUGAUUGAAGACUUGAGUGCAUGGUUCAGUCACAAGGGCCAAUAUGCCGUCUCAGUGGUUGAAUGCCAACAGGGCCGAAACUCAACUGCCACCAACGACUAA